AAAGAAUAAACUGUUGUGAAGUGUGAUUCGUAUUUCCACGCAAGAUUUGGACGGCAAAGGGCACAAAUGACCUCUACCGUUUGGCACACCCAGCCCACGCCCAGCAUCUGUAUUCUAGAAAUACAGACGGGCUUUGGAACUUUUUUUUCCUUUUUUUUAUUUUAAAAUAUGAUCAUAUGUGGAAGUGUAGAUUUAAAUUCAGACAUUUUGGUCGAAAUUAGGUUCUGUCAGAGAUAUACAUCAUUUGGUUAAGCUCAGAUUGACCGACUUAUUCUUAGAGAACUAGAAGUUAGAGCUGAGGUCAAAUUACCUUUUGAACUUAAUGCUCUGACCAAAAAAAGAGUGAACUUAAAAAUGUGUUUGACACCAGUCAGCCUUUGAAAUUAGAACCGAUGUCAAAUUACAAUAUGAACUUCUUGCUCUGACCUGAAAAAAGUAAACUGAAAAAUGUGCUGACACCAGUCGGAUUCUAUGGCCAACCUGCUUCCGAUCUUAGUUUAUCGUGAUAUAUUGACCAACCCAACAAUUCUUUUUGAUAAAGUUCGAAAUAUUUGUUGUUCCCCUACCUCUUUUUUCUAUCAUUUGCCAUGAGUCCUCCCACCAACCCACCCAGGGAAACCCAGGAAAAUUGAAAUUUGACACGAUCAACAUAGGUUUCCAUUCUAGAGGAGAGAAAAAUUAGCCGCUAUGAGACAAUUCAGUCUCUACUGUAAAUCAUUCAACUUCUUUGAUAAUUUGGCCAUUCCCUUUCGUGUUAACUCUUCUAAAUUUGAGCAAUUGCUAUUUUCUUUUUCCUAGUUCCUGUUGAAAUCACACAUGGUUCGCAUUCUUCCACAUCCUUUCGACAUUUUGGGCUGCGUUACCAUUUAGACUUUUUGAGUGCCGACGCUUAUGUUGGCUCAUCAUCGUUUCGACGACUCUCCUAAUUGAUGUAAGGGCUUCAAAAAAUCUUUCUCGAGUAUUGACAAUUUUGUUGCGUUGAGUUGUGUUGUACAGCCAUGUCUUCGUAGCAACAUUUUUUGGCCGUGUCAAUUGUCGUCAAGAAGCUCUUCGGUGUUUCAGGGGCGAUUAAGGGUUGAAGAAAGGGAUGUAAUAAGUGGUUUGUGUGUAGAUGAAUGAAACUGUACAUUGCAAUGACUUCUUGUUGCUUUGCAAUCCUGAAUUGCUGUAAAGGAAAUAGCAGCUCCGAGGAACCGGCCGAAGGAAUUGCUGUUACCAACAAUGUACGCAUCUUUUCUUAUAAUUCAUUGAGGUCAGCAACUGGUAAUUUUCAUCCAUCAAGCAGAAUAGGUGCUGGAGGUUAUGGAGUUGUCUACAAAGGAGUUUUAAGGGAUGGUACCCAUGUUGCAGUCAAAUCAUUGUCUGCAGAAUCAGCACAGGGAACUCGUGAAUUUUUGACCGAGAUAAAUAUGAUAUCGAAUAUACGACAUCAUAAUCUCGUUGAACUGAUUGGUUGUUGCAUUGAAGGCAGUCAUCGAAUUUUGGUAUAUGAAUACCUGGAGAACAACAGCCUUGCGAGUACUUUGCUUGGUACAAAGAGUAAGCAUGUGAUUCUGGAUUGGCCAAAGAGAGCUCAGAUUUGUCUCGGUACAGCUCUUGGUCUUGCAUUUCUACAUGAAGAAGCUGAACUGUCCGUUGUGCAUAGAGAUAUCAAGGCUAGCAAUAUACUUCUUGACAGAAACUUUCAUCCUAAAAUAGGUGACUUUGGGUUGGCUAAACUUUUCCCAGACAAUGUUACUCAUGUUAGUACUCGAGUUGCUGGAACUAUUGGAUAUUUGGCUCCUGAGUAUGCACUUUUAGGACAGUUGACGAAGAAAGCAGAUGUAUACAGUUUUGGUGUGCUCAUGCUGGAAGUAAUUAGUGGAAGUAGCAGCAGUAAAACAGCAUUUGGAGAAGAGUUAUUGAUUCUCGUGGAAUGGACUUGGAAAUUAAAAGAGGAAGGACGGGUUGCAGAACUCAUUGAUCCGGAACUGAUCGAUUAUCCGAAGGCCGAGGUGAUGCGUUUCAUCAUAGUUGCACUGUUCUGUACCCAAGCAGCUGCAAAUCAAAGACCAACCAUGAAGCAGGUUGUGGAGAUGCUUUCAAGAGAAGUACAUCUGAACGAAAAACUAUUGACAAAGCCAGGAGUAUACAAAGGACACAGAAGUAGGAAGUUGAAUGGUGCUGCUAUUAGUUCAGAGGGAACAUCCUCCUCCCAUACAGAUAAAGGUAAGCAAGCUAUGAAGUCAUCACUCCAAUUUAAUAGCGUAAAUAGUUUGACUCAGAUGCUUCCUAGGUGAUACAUAAUCCCUGUUUCUAGUCCCCUUGUAAUGUUUUAGUUCCAAUCCUCUAGUUUGUUUUCCAAACUUGCUUGUGAGAAAUCACUAAAUUCCUGGUUUCUUUACCUUCACCAAAAAUAUUUAAAUCACUAAAUUCUCUGUGUAAUGUGUAUAUGACAUCUUUUAAAUAUUUUCAUGCCUAAAGGCAAUUCUUUCCUCUGUUCCCAUACAACAUUUUCAGCGGAUGAAGAAAACUUGUGCCUCUA